GUUAUUUUACGUUCGGCCAUUAUCGUAAACACGUGUGGAAGUUUAUAAAAGGGUCGAGGAAAAUAAACAAUAUUAUGAAUAAUAAACUUUUCGAGGGCUCUGACGAUGAUGGCGAGGAGCUGCAGCUGUCCACCAACAAGGACUAUGCCAAGACCUACAACAUCCUGCGCAAAAAGGAGCUGCUACAGAAAUAUAAAGAUCGGGGUUUGGAUGUUUCUGAAUCAGAGUUCGAUAGCGACAGUGAAUCCUCCGAGGAGGAUGAGGUGGAUCCCAAAUUCGACCAGGAAUUUUUCAAAACGCUUUCUUCCCUGAAGAGUAAAGAUCCACGGAUUUACGAUAAGGGCACGAAAUUCUUUAAUGAAUCUUCAUCUUCCGAUGAGGAAGAUAAGAAUGAGGAGUCGCCUAAAAAGACAAAGAAAUCCAAGCCAGUCACUUUAAAAGACUACGAACGAAAAGUGAUCUUAGACCACAAUGGCAAGUUCGAGAGUUCCGAUGACGAGCAGCAGGAGAGGGAGCAGGAAGAACUACAGAGAGCCCAGUCUCCCACCGCUGUUGAGGAGGAGCGCCGUCUCAAAGCAGAAUUUCAGAAUGUAAUGAACCAGGAAGACGAUGGUGAGGAUGAGGAAUUUGGCGGUAUAUUUAAGAAACGUAGCAAGACCAAAGAGCAAACGGCAGCCGAGGAGGCAGACUUUGCCAAGUGGCUAGCAGGAAAACAGGAGGAGAUUCAGCAAACUGACAAGGAGCAGUUGGAGCCCCUAAAACAGUACUGGAAUAGCAGCAAACUGACACAAGGUGAGAGUUUUCUUAGGGACUAUAUCCUUAACAAAGGAUAUGCCAACACGGAUGAGUCCGCCAUCCCCACCUACGAUGAAAUUGUUGGAGAAGCUGCCCCACUUUCCGAGGACGAGCAGGAACUAGAAAAGCAGGCGGAGUUUGAACACAAGUACAAUUUCCGAUUUGAAGAACCAGAUGCAGACUUCAUCAAGCGCUAUCCCCGAACCAUCGAACAAUCAAUUCGUCGCACAGAUGACAAGAGAAAAGAAAAGCGCAAGGAGCUAAAAGAGCGUAAGGAUCAAGAGAAGCAGCAGAAAAUGAAGGAACUAGACAUUAUCAAGGAUUUGAAGCGCAAAGAGAUUCAAGAGAAGAUACGCAAAUUGAAAGCAGUUACGGGCAAUGACGAACUAGCUUUCAAGGACGAGGAACUUGAAGAGGACUUUGAUCCGGCAGCGCACGAUCGGCGAAUGCAGGAACUUUUUGACGAUGAGUACUACAAUGUAGACGAGGGCGAAGAAAAACCUGAAUGCCCCUCUGACAUCGAUGAGUUGGUGCUAGAAGAUUGGGAUAACUACGAUCCCAAACAGCACCGAAAUACGGACGAUCAGGAUUACGAGGAGCACUGCGAGGACGAGGACUUUAACAUGGACUGCGACUACGAUCCGUCCGCUUCCAAGCAGCAACUCCAACAGGAGCUAAUCGAAAACUCCCGGGGUCGUAAAGGACGAAAGGGCAGAAAGAAUCGGUUCAUGGAUAUGAUCCUGGCGAAUAAACCGGCAUUCAAUCCUGAGGACGAGAAGACCUAUAGUGAGUACAUCGACGAAUACUACCAAAUGGACUGCGAGGAUAUCAUUGGAGAUCAACCGUGUCGAUUUAAAUAUGUGGAAACUACACCCAACGAUUUUGGACUGACGAUAGAGGAGAUCUUGCUGGCCAAGAACAAGGAGCUCAACCAGUGGGCUAGCCUCAAGAAAGCUGUCCAAACCAGGCCGGAACAUGUAGAGAAAAAAGAGCAACGUUUGUAUAAGAUGAAGGCCAAGAAUGAAGACCUGAAGCGAAAAAUAUUCAAGAGUCUUUAUGGUGAAGGAUCUGACGAUGAGGAUCAGCCAGCACCAGAAUCAAAACCAAUUUCCGAAACGUCAGUUCCAACUGAAAAUGCGCCAAUGCCUACGGAAGGGUUAUCUAAAUCUAAAAGAAAGCGACUUAAACGCAAAGCUGCCGCAGUAGCAGCAGCCAGUGCCCCGAAGAUUUCUAAGGAGGAACCCAGGGAAUCAACUGAAAACGGUCAGAAAGAGGAUAGCGAAAAGAAGGACGAUCCUCCUAAGAUCAAAAACGUUGGAACUCAAAAAAGUAAAAACCCCGCACAAAAGUCAGAAAAUCCGAAACCCAAAAAUGCCUUCAAUAAUAACAAAAUUGUUGUGUCUACAAAUGGGGAAAAUGGAAUCGAAAAAUCACAAGAGUCAACGGCGCAUAAAAACGGAAAGUCCAACAAACCGCUUAAAAAUAGAGAAAGUGCACCUACACAGCCCGGAAAACCAAAAGGAAAUAAUCCUUUUAAUAAGCAAAAUACAAAACCUAACCAGAAACUUGACCUGCCACCAAUUCAUAAAAACCAAGGGGACAACAAAAAAGCACCUAGAAAAGCUACAGGUUCCAAUCCUUUUAGCAAAUCUAACCCAAAAGCUAGUGCACCUUUCCCAACCAAGAAAACAAAUAACUUCAAGGCGAAAAACAAAGGAAAUAAUAACCCCAAUGGAAUAACAGACGAUCGAUUAAAAGCCUAUGGAAUAAAUCCCAGAAAGUUUCAUAAGCGGGAAAAAUAUGGGAAGAAGGAUAAUUGAAUGCCGAAAUAAAUCUAAUAAUAAUAGUAGUUAUAUACUUUGUAGAUACAUCUUAUGUACAUAUGAUAACAUAUUAAAAACCAGCACAGCACAGUUAA